AGAGCUUGGACUCUCAGCUGGCUCGGCCUUGGACUUGGCAGCAGCCGCCUAUACUGUCGCUGGGAGCAGAUGGUCUCCCUCUCAGAGCCAGGCGUCAGCUGUUCACAUGAGUACAGGUCGGCCGCCCACAGUUCACAGAGGGAACAACACAGACUCCUGACAGCUCGCUCCCUGACAGGCUUACUGGAACAUGACAAACUACCACUGAAGAUACUUUUUGUUUCUCUGUUGAAGCUCACAUUUACUCUGUGAAGAGAUGCAUAAUCCCAGGUGCACAACAGGAAACAGCUUAGUACAAGUUCUUCUUUCCCGAGCUUCCUCUUUUCCUGAACGCCACAUGCAGGACAUUCCGGUUUCCCACCUUCAAUGAACAAAGACCAGCCACACAGUAAUAGAAGUAAUAAUAAUCCUCCAAGAUGGCAGUCACGUCACUCUUUUACUCUGUUACUGAGGAGCCUAGCGCUGGCUUAGCUGAGGUGGACAUUUGUACGCUUGAGAUUAACAUCAAGUAUGAAGUCAUCCCAUCUAUCGUCUGCUCUGUUUGCAUUUCAUUCGGCCUCAUCUACAUCUUUUUCGGAUACCGCUGCUUCAAGAUGGUCAUGUUCUUCUCUGGCUUCAUGUUUGGCUCAGCAGCCGUUCUCCUGGUGUACCACAAGGAGCCCCUGUUGGACGCCCAGUUGGGCUCAGAGACAAAGGCAGGGAUCGGCCUGGGAGUGGGUGUGCUCUGCGGGCUGAUGACCAUGCUGGUGUCCACCAUGGGACUCCUCCUCAGCAGCCUGCAGCUGGGGAGCCUGCUCUCCCUCGCCAUCCUGGUAGUCAUCGGACAGUUUCACAGCAUGACUCCAGUGUGGCUGCCUCUCAUCGUCAUCCUGGCUGCAAGCAUCCUCACUGCUCUCUUCACACUCCAUUGGCAGAAACUGUUCACCAUCAUCUACACAUCUGUGUUUGGAGCCACCACUGUGAUGCUGUGUGUGGAUUACCUGGUGGGGACGUUUAUGCUGCCAGAUCAGGUGUAUGAUUUGUUCUGUCAAGUCACCCCACGUCCACUCUGCUGGUUUAACUGGGGGAUCACUGGGAUAGUGCCUGUUAUGGGUCUGAUAGGUGUGUUGGUACAAUGGAGGUUUACCGCCAAAGGAGUAUCACACAUAGAAGCUGCACACAAAAAACAGAAGAAACAUUCCAAGAAGCACAGAUAUAGAGAGUCAAGGAGAAGACCUCAACCACACCAUCGGCGCAGGCCUCCACCACUGAAACGCUACGCUGGGGACGUCCUGGCGCCGAGUUAUCUCCAGAGCCUUAAGGAGCGCCAGAUGGGAACAGGCUCCUCCACCAGCAGCGUCAGCACCAUCACACAUACUCUGAUUGACUUUGACUUUGAGACGGGCUCCAUGGUGCCUCUGACUGCUGCCUCCCCUGUUUUUACAGUCUGAAGGAACCCGCCAUCAAAUAUCUGCAACCUGCACAUAUCCAAGUAAUCCAUUACCAUGUACUGAUAAUUAAACAUACCUUGAAAUGUUCAUUUUCUACAGACAUUUUCCGCUCUAGCUUUAGCUAACCAGCUUCUUCAGAUAGCCUAAUCAUCAAUAUGCACACAGUGGACUUUGAGACGCUCAGAGAUCAUCCCCUGAAUGAUGACAACACAAUAUACACAGUCAUCAGACUUGUGAUCAUCACUUCCUUUCAGCAGUUUAUCUCACAGGAUGGGAUAAUAAUCUUUUAUUCUCAAAAUACUAUGUUGUCACACGCAGUCCUGAGACAAAAAGAACCCAAAAGCACGACUCAGGAGGCAGAGGUAGAAGCAAAGAGUCUUUACUUAACAAGGAUGCAAACAAUCCAGGCAGACAACAGCAAAAAGGGGGCAGGCUGAGACAAAACUGGGUCAAAACUGGGUCAAGAUGAAAAAAAUCAUCGAACAAUAAACAUAACGCUGGAAAGCUAAGAAAUAAAGCACAAAGACAAUCUGGCAGAGGGCUAGUGGAAGUGACUGGUAAGGGAGCUAAUGAGGGAAUAGAGAACAGGUGAGUGGGAAAGAAGUAUAAACAAUUAAACAAAAUGGUGAAUUACCAAACAGGAAUUCCAAACCAUGACAUUAUGUAGCACGUGUCUAGAUUAGAUUGGAUUGUAAUUCUUUUGAAGUUCAAGUAUUAGUUAUGUAGUAACAAUGAAUUCAUACCAACAUAUGCAAUUCAAUUAAGGAUAUACAUCAGAAAAAUGGGGAAUGUUGGACAAUAAACCAAUAAAACACUGAUGUGACAGGAAUA